GGAUGGGCUGCCUACUCACAGUCCGACCUAAAACUACCAUCUAAAUAUCUUCAUUUAAAACAGCUUGCGCUGGUAUUAAAGGAAUCUACGGCGACGACUGGAUGUUUUACAUCACUGAUGCGUGAGGACAUGUCGAGUUUGGUGUGUGUGAAGGAUGUGGAGGGGCAGGGAGACCCUGCAGACAAGCUGUCCCAAGAUGAGAUGCUGUGUCGGACACGUGAGGUAAUGCAGGGCCUGGAGGCUUUGCGGGCUGAGCACCAAGCCAUCCUGGAGGGGCUGAUGGGAACGCUGCGCUGCCUCAAACAGACCCAGGAGGGUCGCGGUGUGGAAGAGAAGACUGUGAUGAUUCAGCGCUCUCUGGAAAUGAUUGAGCUCGGGCUCAGUGAAGCACAGGUAAUGAUGGCUCUUUCAGGACACCUCAGUGCAGUGGAGGCUGAGAAACAGAAGCUGCGGGCACAGGUGCGACGGCUCUGCCAGGAGAACCAGUGGCUGCGGGAUGAGCUGGCAGGCACACAGCAGCGGCUGCAGAAAAGUGAGCAAAGUGUUGCCCAGCUGGAGGAGGAAAAGAAGCACCUGGAGUUCAUGAAUCAGCUUAAAAAAUACGACCAGGAUCUCAGCCCAACAGACGACAGAGACUCUGACUCCAGCAGGGAGACUCUGGAUGAUCUGUUCCCUGAUGAUCCGGAUGAGCCGGGAGCUGGCAUUCAGCCUGCGCACAGCAGUGCAGUAGCAGCAGCACAGCAGGGUGGCUAUGAGAUUCCAGCCAGACUUAGAACCCUGCACAACCUUGUGAUCCAGUACGCCUCUCAGGGUCGGUAUGAGGUGGCUGUGCCGCUGUGUAAACAGGCUCUGGAGGACCUGGAGAAAACCUCAGGCCACGACCAUCCUGACGUCGCUACCAUGCUUAACAUCCUAGCUCUCGUCUACAGAGACCAGAAUAAAUACAAAGAGGCUGCAAAUCUUCUGAAUGAUGCACUUGCUAUUAGAGAGAAGACACUGGGAAAAGACCACCCUGCGGUGGCAGCUACAUUAAAUAAUUUGGCAGUUCUAUAUGGUAAGCGUGGGAAGUACAAGGAGGCAGAACCACUAUGCAAAAGGGCACUGGAGAUCAGAGAAAAGGUGCUGGGAAAGGGCCACCCAGACGUGGCAAAGCAGUUGAAUAACCUAGCCUUGCUGUGUCAGAACCAGGGCAAAUACGAGGAGGUAGAGUAUUAUUACCAGAGGGCCCUGGACAUCUACCAGACCAAGCUUGGCCCUGAUGACCCCAAUGUAGCAAAGACCAAAAACAAUCUGGCCUCAUGUUAUCUGAAGCAGGGAAAGUUUAAGCAAGCAGAGACUCUGUACAAAGAGAUCCUUACACGAGCUCAUGAGAGGGAGUUUGGUUCUGUAGAUGAUGAGAACAAACCCAUCUGGAUGCAUGCAGAGGAGAGAGAGGAACAGAGCAAGGGGAAACCGAAGGAUGGCUCUCCAUUCGGGGAGUAUGGUGGCUGGUACAAGGCCUGCAAAGUUGACAGCCCCACUGUGACAACAACACUGAAGAACCUGGGAGCUUUGUAUAGACGGCAGGGCAAGUUUGAGGCAGCUGGGACACUGGAAGAGGCUGCUAUGCGUUCCCGAAAACAGGGUUUGGAUUCAACCCAAAAGCAGCGUGUGGCAGAGGUUCUGGGGGAUCCGGAGGUUCGGGAGAAGCAGCGCAGCAGAGAGAGUUUAAACUCUGACACAGUGAAGUACGAGAGCGGUCCUGACGGAGAGCAAGAAGUGAGUAUGAGCGUGGAGUGGAAUGGGGAUGGCUCGGGCUCAUUAAAACGCAGUGGCUCCUUCAGUAAACUCAGAGCAUCGAUCCGCCGCAGCAGUGAAAAACUAGUUCGCAAACUCAAAGGAGGCAGCUCACGAGAAAACGAACCCAAGAACCCUGGUGUGCUUGCAUGUGGCUCUCUUGGAAGCAGCAUGAAGAGGGCCAGCUCUCUCGGGGUUCUCAACGAUCCAGACAAACCUGUGGGAGAACUCUUCAAAGAACGAAAUAAUCGUCUGAGGAAAAGUCGGGACCUAAGCGCCAGCCAUACAGACCUGGCACAUUAAAGCUCAGCACUGCACACCCAGAAGGAGAGAAGAUGUUACUGUCAGGUCAUUGGAUGGGCACAGUCACUGCACCUUUUGCCCAGCAAACAUAUAGACACCAUUUACAUUUACCCUUCAUGUUCUUACUUUUUUAUUUUAAAAUUUCAAAAGGUUAAAAAUCACCCAUUUUAUGAACAGCUGUUAAAUGUGUUUAGCUAACAGUCCUGCAUCCUCAACCUAAAGAUGGAUAGUAAAAUGCAGUUUGAUCUGUCUAGCUGCUAAUUAAAGGAUUGAAGAACAUUUGAUGCACUCCUAAACCAAUAAUAAAGGUUUUAUUACAGUUAGUAUUCUGUACUUUAUUAGUUCUAGAUGUCACUAUCUAGUCUGUGUGUGUUUUAAUGAAGAAAACUGUAACAUUUAGACUGAUUUGGCUGCCUGUCUACAGGUGUGGAAAGUCAGGGAGGUUAGUAAUUUUUAGUUGAACAUUUUUAAUAAGUUCUCCUUGCAUUCCAGGAACCGACUAUAAAAUGUAUGUUAGAGGUAAAAAUGGACUUGUUUGUUUAGUGAUUCUGGUUGCCACAAACAGAGGUAAGCAACAAAAUCCAACCAGUAAAUAUUGGGUGGCAUGCCAUAUGCCUGUUAUGUUUAAAUGUGUUAAUGCCGUGGUCCCCAACCACCGGGCCGCGGACUGGUACCGGUCCGUGGGUCAUUUAUUACCGGGCCGCACAGAAAGAAUAAAAAAAUUAGAGAUUGCUACAUCAGCAAUGAAAACACUAUUUUUUUUAUGGGUGUUAUUGUCUCCAGUCACCCCUAAGUGGGAGCAGUGUCUCGUUGCAGCGAAAAAAAGCUCAUUUGUUAGUAGUACAGUUAUUCUAUUUUGGUGUACUUAAAAUUAGUUGGAAGGAAACGUUUACAUUCUUCAUCUGUUACAAAAAUUACAUUUGUUUUGUCUGUUACAUUUUUAAUUAUAAACUUGUACAAGCUGAUGUAGAUGAGCUGUUAGCUUGUACAUGAGCCAUUUAGAGCAAAUCAAAAUUAAGAUGAAAAAAACGAAACAGCUAGAGGGGAGAACUAUGAUUGGGGGCCAACAGAUGGCAAUUAGCCACCUUUUGAGUUCUUCAAAAUUACCCCAAACAAGCCGCUCAGGAGGCACACCAGAGCUGACAUUUUGAACUCGUCGGUUCAGAACGGCUACGUGAACAACGAUUGGCUGUUGUUCAUACAAGGUGGGAAGCCGAAUAGGGACUCCUCAUAACUGCAAUUACAACCUCUGCUGGCUGGUUGUUGGAACCUGCACAGAGACGAAGAAUAAUGCGUUAAUCAGGGUGUGGCUCUCCGUACACAAAGCUGAUCCACAAAUAAACUUGCCUUAUGGAGGUGAAAAGAUGAAAAGAUGGGGUCAGUAUUGCUUUCCUUAAUCAGAAGUGGAGAUCAGCAUCAGUAGAGAGGAAGCAUAAUGCAAUCGGGUAAUUGGAUACAAGUAAAUUGGGAGGAAAAUUGGUAAAAAUGCAAAAAAAAUUUGGUCCUGGGUAAGCAGUAAGUCCAGCCCAUUCAUGCUUUAAGAGUGUCUUGAUGUACAUGUUGUUGAGUUAUGUUACUUUUUACAGUUACAUUGUUUAAAAGGAUCCCAGUUUUUAAUAAGAAAGUGUGAAUUCUUCUCUAAAACCAGAGACCAGAUUCAACUCCACAAAAUUACUAUACAUGAUAAUGUCUGAGAAAAUAAGUAAACUGUGUGCAGGUUUUUUUUUUAAUCAACUGUUUAUUUUUCUGCAUCGGGCUGCAUUAUGACAAAGUGCAAUAUUGUAGUUGCUCUGUGUGUUGGUUCUUGUUUGACUUGUAUAAUAUAUUGUGCUGACAAAAGCUGCUUGGUUUGGUGUCUGUGUUAGUAAAAUUAAGAUUAAAUUAUCUGUCUUGUACAUAUCUGAUAUAUCCUGCCACCUGUGUCGAGUUAUUGCUGUAUGUGUGCAUGUUAUACAUCUGUAUUAGUAUUUCUUUUUGCUUGUAUUUUAAGUGUGUUCACAGUAUAAUGUAAAUAUCAUUUUUGGGGGGGUUGACUAGACAUCUCAGUGGCUUUUCUGUCAUGGACAAUUGUGUGGAAGUUUAUAUGUACAUAUGCAAAUAAAAACUAAAUGACAGAAAAUA